AUGACGUCCGCGAAGCCGCACGCGCGCCCCACCACAGCGCAAAUCAAAGAAGCCCAGCGCGAACAGCAAGAGCAUAGCUGGACGACAUGCCCCCUCUCACACAAGGCCUUAGCACGGCCGGUAGUCUCAGACAGUGUCGGAAAUUUAUACAAUAAAGAUGCUGUCCUACAGUUCUUACUCCCCGGCGACGAUGGCGAGGGCAUCAGCUCCAAGUCCGAUUGCGAGGAGGUUCUGUGUGGACGGGUGAAAGGUCUACGCGAUGUUGUCGAGCUGCAUUUCGAAAUCGACACCGAGCUUAGUGAGCACCCUUCGGAUCGUGCUAAUGCGCACCGCCAUCAGCGCCGCGAGGGCUGGAUCUGCCCGAUUACUGCGAAGCCGUUAGGUCCUAGCGUGAAGUCGGUCUACCUGGUGCCGUGUGGGCAUGUCUUCGCUGAGGAGGCUAUCCGGCAGUUGAAGGGGGGACAAUGCAACGAGUCCUACACCGAGGACAAUAUCAUCCCAAUUCUCCCAACGAAAGAAGCCGAUAAAGAGCGCCUCAUGGCCCGAGGCGCCAAGCUCGCUGAGCAAGGUCUCACCCACUCCCUCAAGAAAGCCCCCGGGUCUAAAAAGCGCAAGAAGCAUGCUACGGAAAGCUCGACGGAUGUUCCCAGUACGGCCGUCGCCACUGGAACUACUGCUUCAGUCUCGAAAUCAAAUGGCGCGAGCAAUGGUAUUAAGAACUCUGCGACAGCCUCGCUCACUGCUCGUGUGCUGAACGAGGAAAAUGAGAAAAAGAAGAAGCGAAAGAUGAUGGGUCAUAACGAGAAUAUUGAAAGUUUGUACACGAAGGAUAAAAAGGAUGGUGCAAAGGCGGACUUUAUGACUCGUGGAUUCUCCAUUCCCACUUCGGCGCGGAGAUAG